AUGUCGAACUCUGUCCAGAAAGCGCCAACGGGGAGGAAGAGCGCUCUUACAUUGCAAGAAGCGCUACAAUACGCAACGGAUCUCUACGAGCAAGCCCAACUUGCCCCAACGAGCAAAGUUUUCAACCAGGCGAUCGAGGUAGCGAAAAAGGCAAAGCAGGCUUCCCGCCGGAGUUCAGAGCCUUAUCGAUAUAGCGUAGAAUUAUUGGUUAUGAUCUUUAAUCAGAGACACAAAGCAUACGGGGAGAGAUCAGACCUUGACAACGCUAUCCAGAACGCCGAAGAAGGCGCCUCAUUUAAUCAUAUUCCUUCGCGAAUAGCGAGCUUACAAAAUUUGGCAAUACUGCAAACUGACCUUUUCGUCGAAACUAGAGAGGUUGACCACGCAAAGUCUGCUUUUUCAACCGCUUGUGACGCCGUGGAACUGGCACGUCAACAUGAAGUGAACGAUCAAGCCUCCUGUGAAGCAACCCUUGCCAGUGUCCUUCUGAGGCUCUCCCAGGAAACGACAGAGAUAUUCGGCGCCAAUCAACUUGAUUAUGCAAUUGAAAGAGUCCGCUGGGCCCUUGCCAUCUGCGGCGAACAUCCAGAUGCUACGGGCUGGCGGCACAACCUUGCGUUGAUGCUUGAGUUGAAAUGUGAACGAACAGGGGAUGCUGAGUAUUUGAACAGUGCAAUCAAUGAUGAAGAGUCGGUUUUGGCUGCCACUGCAUUGAGCGACAUGAAACGGCCACUGCGCCUCUGUGCCCUUGGGAAUAUGCUCAGUCGCAAAUUUCUAUGCACAGGAGACACUGCACAUCUUGAUGACGCACUUGAUCGACUUCACGAGGCCGUUCGGUUGUCAAUAGAUCGCCCAGAGCUUGGGGAGACUAAAUGCCUGAAUAGCCUGGCGUUAACGUUAAGCGACAAGUUUGAGAGAGGAGGAGAGUUGAAAGACCUUCAAGAAGCCGUGGAGAGAUUGAAGGCUGCUAGCGAAAAAGAGAGAAACCCUACCGAGAAAGCUAUAUAUCUGGGCUCUCUUGCCACAUGUCUGCGCCUUUUUUAUGAACAAACCGAGGAAAGGAGCACUCUCAGUGAAGCCUUGGCUGCUGGAAAGAGCGCAUUGAAAUUGACUACCAUGUCUGCAAAUCAUCCGUUUCACCUUUCAUGUGCAAACAAUCUGGCCAUCAUUUACACCCGACAAUUUGAGCUUCUUCGGGACACGGAAAGCUUCAAGGAAGCCAACAGGCUCUUCUCGGAAGCCAACAACACAAGACCACUGGACGAUCCUGACUGGGCGGUAUCGUCUAUUAAUCUAGCGAAUCUCCACUAUUAUGAGUCCGAGCAUAGAGAUUUGGAGAAGGCAUUGGAUUUCUUUCUACGAGCGUGUCGGUGUACGACAACUCGUACAACGCUUCGAGUGAAGGCUGCUCAAAUGGCGAUUGGUAUUAUGGAAGAUGAAGGUCUUUUUGCGGAAGCAAUUGAGGUGGGAGACAGUGCUCUUAAGAUGCUCCCAGAAUUGUGCGACCGAUCAUUGAGUUUGAGCGACCAGCAGCAUGCUGUACUACAAAUUGCAGGCCUAGCUGCUGAGGUCUGUUCAUUAUAUCUGCAAGAGAACCGUGUCUCUGAAGCUCUUCAGAAAGUGGAGUUUGGCCGUGGCCUCAUUCUUCGAUACAUGUUUGAUAAACAAGACAGCGUCGCAGCCCUCGAACAAGACUGUCCUGAUCUGGCUCGCGAGUACAAGAGGCUCCUCUUUCAAAUCUCGACGGUCGAUUCAUCCAACGCUUCAACCCGGCUGAUGCUUGCGAGGCAGCGCAUUGGAGCAGGAGAGAGGCUUAAGGAAGUGGUCUGUCAGAUCCGUCAAAGAAAGGGCUACGAAGCGUUUUUGUUGGAGCCCUCAUUAGACGAACUUAAGAGCUGUGCAACCGGCGGUGUAAUAAUAGUCGUUAAUGCAACCCUUGUUCGGGCGGAUGCAAUCAUUGUCUCUAGUGAGUGCAUCAGGUCGAUAGAACUCCCUGAGAUGAAGGAAAGCCUCGACAAGUGGUCAUCAGAUCAGGAAAUUCGAGCUUCUAGAUCAGCAUCAACAGCUACCUCCGGCCAAGGCCGCGAUGCGGGAAGUGGAACGAGAUCUGCAAACAAUAGACUGUUCUUGGAGUGGCUGUGGUAUACCUGCGUCAAGCCCAUUCUGCAGGAGAUAAAUGGAAGUUAUAGUCACUCUCAAACAGGAGUGCCCCAUGUUUGGUGGUUGGGAACAGGACUCGCCACCAGGUUUCCAUUUCAUGCGGCUGGCUGCUACAAAGGGGAUCCUAGAGAGAACUGCCUGCAACAAACAAUAUCAUCUUAUACGUCGUCGAUCAGGGCUCUUGCCUACGCGCACUCCCUAUCGCAAAGACGGGGAUGUGAUGCAGAAAACGAAAUGUCAAUCCUUGUCGUUACAAUGCCAACGACGCCGGGACAAGCUCCGUUGGAUGGAGUUAGGGAUGAAUGGUUCGCCAUUCGAAAUGCGUGUGACGGCGUCUUCCGGUCUGAACUUCUAGAGAAUCCCACGGCCGAACACGUCCUGGGGAGACUUGGCGGCUCUGAAAUUGUUCAUUUUGCUUGUCACGGGUUGUCAGAUCCACACGACCCGUCUCAUAGCCAUCUGCUUCUGCAAAAAGAAAGCCAAUCGGGUGUAAUUCUUGACAAACUAACCGUUUCGAGCAUAUGCAGUACAAUCUCGAAAGGAGGACGAACUUGUGUUGCGUACCUCUCAGCUUGCUCGACCGCAGAGGUUAGAGCCACACGAUUCACCGACGAGAGCCUUCACAUUGCGAGCGCCUUCCAGGUUGCUGGCUUCCCUAAUGUUAUCGGGUCCCUGUGGCCCACUAAAGAUGAUGUCUGCGUGAAAGUUACGGAUUACUUUUACAAAUCACUUGCUACAAAGUCGCCAGCAGGUGGGAAGAAAUUGUCGGUGGCGUCGGCCUAUCGGGAUGCAGUUCUUCGUGUGCGGGCAGAGUUAUUCGCAGGUGGACUGGAGGGAGACCCUAUGUCAUGGGCUGCCUACGUACAUCUAGGUGCAUAA